AUGGAUGAAGGCCUCUUGAUGUCUGGGAUUUCUAAGCCUCUACUGCCACCUGGUGGAAGUGGUUUUAUGAUGCUGGUGGUGCGGUUGCUGAGAGGUGCAGUGAAGCAUGCUGGGAGCAGACCCCCGUGCAGUACUGAGCGACUGAUCUCAGCGGCACGUGGUAUCAGCUCGUCCUCGCAACACUUCUCUGCUUCUGGGAGAACUCAGUCUGCACACUGUACAGAUACCGACCACCCCAAAAUCCUCAUCACAGGAGGACUUGGACAGCUUGGGGUCGGGCUUGCCAAGUUGCUUAGGAGACGAUUCGGAAAGGACAACGUGAUCCUGUCUGACAUCCGGAAACCCCCCAACCACGUCUACCACAAUGGUCCGUUCAUCUUCUCAGACAUCCUGGACUACAAGAACCUCAGGGAGAUUGUGGUCAACAACAACAUCAGCUGGCUGGUGCACUACUCCGCCGUGCUGUCAGCUGUGGGAGAGAGCAACGUCUCACUGGCCAAAGAGGUCAACAUAACAGGUCUCCAUAACAUUUUAGACAUAGCAACCGAACAUGGUCUGCGUGUGUUUGUCCCCAGCACGAUCGGUGCCUUCGGUCCGUCCUCACCCAGGGACCCCACCCCUGACCUGUGCGUGCAGAGACCGCGCACCAUCUACGGCGUCUCCAAGGUCCAUGCCGAGCUGAUGGGUGAGUACUAUCACCAUCGGUAUGGGCUGGAUUUCCGCUGUCUCAGGUAUCCAGGCAUCAUCUCAGCUGAUUCGCAGCCUGGAGGUGGAACCACAGACUAUGCCGUCCAGAUCUUCCACGCAGCUGUUAAAACUGGUCAUUUCGAGUGCAACCUGCGCAGUGACACGCGGCUUCCUAUGAUGUAUAUUGACGACUGUCUCAGGGCUACUCUGGAGAUUCUCGAAGCUCCGGCAGACAUGCUGGCUAGCCGCACCUACAAUAUCCACGCUAUGAGCUUCACGCCACACGACCUCACCCAGGAGAUACAGAAAGUCCUGCCUGACCUCAAAGUCACCUACAGUGUGGACCCUGUGCGGCAGGCUAUAGCGGAAGGCUGGCCAAUGGCGUUAGAGGACAGCGCGGCGAGGCGGGACUGGGGUUGGAAGCACGAGUAUGACCUCCAGGAGCUGGUGCAGACCAUGCUGACUCAAAUCAAUACGGGCAACCAUCUGGCACAAUCCAACUGAGCCUUUUGUAGCAAAAAAUCAGUGAAAAUCAGCCAAAUCCAUGCAAAGCUUGACUUGAAAGUGUGUGACUAUGAAGAUUUAAGCUUUUUGUUAAGUCUUACCUCAAAUGUUGAUGAGUUUAAAUAGA